AUGGCCAGACAUCGUCGAGCCCUGGAGCGAUUUACUUUACCGGAGGAAGACAAGAAGGUCCAGUCCCAUCCGCACUUUCGACCAGGAGGCUCUUGGCUGAGCUGGCUCAUCGGCGUGCGGAGCGAGCCUGAGCCCUCGCCGGAGACCCUCUACACUGGAUUUGUGCGGAACCUGGUUGGGACGACCAUCAGCCGCACGGUGCAGGAUGCUGGAAAGGACGUCCUUGUCAACUGCUAUGCCCCGUGGUGUGGCCACUGCCAGAACUUCAAGCCGCAGUACAAGGAGCUGGCGAGACGUCUCUCCCAUGUCUCGACCGUGGUCAUCGCUCAGAUGGACUGUACACGCAACGAUCUGGGCCCGCUCUGGGGAUCGGUGUCCGGCUUUCCAACAAUCGCCCUCUUCCCCAGCGGAGACGCGAGUGGGAUGAUCGAGUUUUACGUUGGAAGCCGCAAGCCGGACGACAUGAUCAGAUGGCUGCAUACAAAGGCCGGCACAUCUUUCUCUGAUACUCCCCCGGAGGGGGAGAUUAACGACGAUUCGGACGGAGGGCUCUUGCCGAGGGCCUACGUGACUCAAGCAGGCACCAGGCAAUUGGUCCUCUGCAGCCAUCAAUUCGCCUUGGUGAGGCCUCUGCUGAUCCAGGACCUGGAGCUUUGCUAUGCAGGCUUCUGCUCUCGGAACGGCAUCUCAAUGGAACAGAUAGACUAUGACAAGCUUGGUGAUUUUGGGAUCCGAACUACGGAGCGGCUAUUGCACCUUGCACGCGGUUUCCGUGCUCCGCUACCGGUCCCUCACGAGAUGCAGGUCGUCAAGCAUGUUGCAGAGCGUCGAGCGGCCUUGCAGAACUCGCCCAGCUUCGUUCUUAUCGAGAACGGCCCAUCGGUCGUCCUCUCUUCGGGGGAAGAUGCGCUCCAGCUACAAGACUGCCGUCUGACACAGGACAUGCUCGAAGGAGUCUACGACAGGGGCGAUGAUCCAACGGCCAAGGCUGGAGGCCAAGCAGUCUCACUCAAAGAGGCGCUGACGACGCCUUUGUUGGCAAGCGGCGACGAUGGCGAGAAAACCCAAGCACCAAGCCAGCAGAAGCCUCGCUCGAUUGCGCGGUCCUUGGAGGGCUUUGCGUUUCAGAGGCUCGAUGAACUGUUUCAAAGGCGAGGUGUAGCAUGCAGACUUGCAAGUGGGCAUCCUUUCCCACAGAGCGUGGGAGAUCGACGAUUGCCAGUUUGUACAGCCGGCGGCGACCACCAACUGUCGCAAAGAACUGCAGAGCAGGAAGACAUUGCCGAGACUCAUGGCCACGAGUUUGCUUGCCUCAUGGCUGCGAGCGAAGCCUUCACCGUUCGCUGCGAGCCGGAGAAGACCGAUGCCAGUCAGGUGGCAAGUUGCUUGGCGGCUUUAGGCUUUGUGCUGGUUCUUGGCCUGGGCUUUCUGACCUGUCCAAGCGCGGUGCGUCUUGCUCGCGAGGCGGGCUCCUCUUUGAAGUCGGAGCUCGAUCACGAGGAGCUCUGGCGAGCCUGCUUUCUGCAGCGCUUUCCUGAUCGACCCGUCGUGGAGUUGGACGUUCGCCCCUCUGCACCGUCUCUUUGCCGACUGGCACGGCGGCUGCCGCCCGCUGCAGGUCUCCGCCUGGACGGCGACCCAGAGACGGACACCGGUGCACACGACUGGCAAGCUGGACUUCUUGUCAUAGGAGGCCCUCGCAGCGGGAAAACCUGGCUGGUGCAUCGCUUCUGCACCGGGAGUGUGCCCGAUCGGUUGGACAAGGUUCCCAGCCUGGGCACGGACAUGCGCGUAGUUCGGGUGGGCAUGCGGAGCACGCCACUCCGCACACGGGGUCGAUUGCGCAUCUGGGAGCCCUCGGGCUUCAGCCGCCAGCAGGCUUUGGGAGGCUAUUUGAAGGCCGCCCAGGUGGUGGUCGUUGCCGUGGAUGCCACCGAAGCUCAAGCUCCAAGUGAAGCACAGCGGCUGCUCUCGGAGGCUUCUGAGGUCGUCCGCCCUGGAACCAUCCUGGGGCUCUGUGGCCUCCAAGUGGACCGCCUUUCGGCACCGGAUUGCCGAACGGCAGAUCGCUUGCUCGGACACGUGGCCAAGAUGGCCCGGGCUGAGUUUAGGAUGUGCAGUGCCAUGACAGGCGCUGGGGUCGAUGACUUCUUCUGUGCCGUCUUGGCUUCCUGCCAGGAGAGCAGCAUCGAGCUACCUCCAGCAGAGCCAGUGCUGAAUCGAGCUGCUGGCACGCUGACGAGCACUGAGCUCUUACGGACCUUGCUUCGGCGCGAGCGAGAGCGUUCCUCGGAUUGGCUGCCGGACCCAUUGCUCCAGUAUGGAUUGCUACCAACCGUCGUCGCUCAGAUGGCAUGCUCAAACUUUGUCAUGAACAAUGACUACGGCAUCUCUGUUCGGACGAUGGACUUGGGAAGCAUCCCGAGACUAGGCUGGUCUCUCUUGGCCGUGCCUGCGGGCUUACCUGGGCUUCGAUCUUCCAAGUAUGGCUACCUGGGUUUCGCAGCUACAAUCCUGGGAGUUAUUGAGGAAAAUUAUCUUUUUGGAGGCAUGAAUGAUGCGGGUCUCAGCUGUGAUGCGCAGACGUUGCUGGGAAGCAAGUACCCGGACGCUGCUGCCGGGAAGGACAACAUGGAGGCUAUCCUUCUUUGCCGGUGGGCUCUGGAAGGAUUUGCGACCGUUGACGAGAUACAGGAAGGCCUGAAGUCCGUCCAGUUUACCGAGUUUGCCCUUGUUGGUGGCCUACACUGGGUUCUCAGAGAUGCGACGGGAAAGGGGCUGGUGGUGGAAUUCCUGGAUGGCGAGAUGGUCACCCGAGAGGAUCGGAAUGAUGGCGACAGUACCUUCGGCAUUAUGACGAACGAGCCUCCCUUCGACUGGCAGCUAAAGGCAAUCCAGCACCUGAAGUGGAAGGAAGGCCUCGCUAGAACCGCAGUGGCCAUGCCCGGCGCAUGGUAUCCGGAAGACCGCUUCCAACGAAUCUUCCAGGUGAAAAGGGGGAUGCCGGUCCCGAAGUCCUACCAGGAGGCAGUCAUGCAAGCUGUGCAUGUGCUGAAUACGGUCACGGUGCCCAUGGGCCUUCAGCUUGGCACAGACUCCGGUAAACAUUCUGGCGAAGGCUCGGGUGACCACACCCAGUGGGGUGUGAUCUAUGACCAUGUCCAGAAGAGCAUCUACUGGAGAUCUUCCAGCAACCACAAUCUUCAGAGGUCUCGGAUUCUGAAAUCGGGUGUUUUUCUGGAUGCCCGCGCCUUGGCACGCGUGGAGACACAACCAUGUGCAGGCAUUUUUGCUGGCCCACCUGGGAAACUAUUCUGUAAAACUCUGCAUCCUUCGCCGACUCUCACAGUUCCCUGUGCCAUGGCGCCGAUGUACGUGGUCAAGAGGGACGGACAGAGUCAGGAGGUGAAGUUCGAUGCCAUCACGCGCCGCAUCAAGAAUCUCUGCGAUGGCUUGGACUCCCGCUUCGUGGACCCCGUGCCCGUUACGCAGAAGGUAGUGGAAGGCUUCUACAACGGCAUCUCCACGUCGGAGGUGGACACCUUGGCUGCCGAGACAUGUGCAUACAUGUCACAGAAGCACCCGGACUUCUCCACUUUGGCAGCACGCAUUGCUGUGUCGAACCUGCAUAAGAACACAUCCGAUUCUUUCUAUGAGACAUGCAAGAUCUUGCGCGACUACAUCGACAAGCAGGGCAGGCCUGCGGCUCUGUUGGCUGAGGACGUUUGGGAGUUCAUCCAGGCCAACGCGGAGGCUUUGGACCAAGCCAUCGACUACAAGAGGGACUUGGGCUACGACUAUUUCGGAUUCAAGACCCUGGAGAAGUCCUACCUCUUACGUGUGCAUGGCAAGAUCGUGGAGAGGCCGCAGCACAUGAUCAUGCGCGCGGCCUGCGGCAUCCACAUGGGGGACCUCGAAGGGGCACUGGAGACGUAUGACUUGAUGUCGCGGAAGUUCUUCACCCAUGCGACGCCGACCCUCUUCAAUGCUGGGACUCCGAAGCCACAGAUGUCCUCGUGCUUUCUGCUGAAGUUGCAGGAUGACAGCAUCGAAGGUAUCUACGACACCCUGAUCCUUUCUUCCUUCCAAGACUACGAGAGACCAAGGAAGCAGUGCGCUUCCAUCUCCAAGUCUGCCGGUGGAAUUGGCGUGGCAAUCUCGAACGAGGAGCAGCGUGCCCGCGAUCUCUUCUAUGGGCUCUGGAUCCCGGAUCUCUUCAUGAAGCGGGUCAAGGACAACCAGGACUGGACACUCUUCUGCCCAAAUGAGGCCUACGACGAGGAGAGCGGUAAGGGUCUCAUGGAUUUCUGGGGCCAGGAGUUCGAGGAGCUCUACACACGCCUGGAGAGGGAGGGCAAGGGCCGCAAGACAGUCAAGGCACAGCAGCUUUGGUUCCGCAUCCUUGAGUCUCAGAUGGAGACAGGCACGCCGUACAUGCUGUACAAAGACCAUGCGAACCGGAAGUCCAACCAGCAGAACCUUGGCACGAUCCAUUGCUCUAACCUUUGUACGGAGAUCAUCGAGUACACUUCGAAGGAUGAGGUGGCAGUGUGCAACCUCGCCUCCAUUUCGUUGCCAGCCUUUGCCAGCUCGGAUGGCACCUAUGACUUCCAGCGACUCUACCAAGUGACCAAGGUGGCGACCCGAAACCUGAACAAAGUCAUUGACCGGAAUUACUACCCGGUGGAGGAGGCACGUAAGUCCAACCUGAGGCAUCGGCCUGUGGGCUUGGGCGUCCAGGGCCUCGCCGAUGCCUUCCUCAUCAUGAAGCUCCCCUUCGAGAGCGAGGCCGCGAAGCAGCUGAACGAGGACAUCUUCGAGACGAUCUACUUCGCGGCGUGCGAAGCAUCCUGCGAGCUUGCGGAAACUUGCGGCCCUUACGAGACCUACGAAGGCAGCCCUGCCAGCAAAGGUCUGCUGCAGUUCGACCUGUGGGAUCGGAAGCCACGCAGUGGGCGCUGGAACUGGGAAGGCCUGAAAGGCCGCAUCGGCCAAUUCGGACUCCGGAAUUCUUUGCUUGUGGCGCCUAUGCCUACGGCCAGCACCGCCCAGAUCUUAGGCAACAACGAGUCCUUCGAGCCGUACACACAGAACCUCUAUGUUCGUCGGGUACUUUCGGGCGAGUUCGUGCAAGUGAACCGACACCUCCUCAAGGACCUCAUCCAGCGCGGUCUGUGGAACGAGGAACUCCGCGUUCAGCUGGUCGCCCACAACGGCAGCGUCCAGAAGAUGGACCUGCCGCAGGAUCUCAAGGAGCUGUACAAGACCGUCUGGGAGAUCAGGCAGAAGGUUGUGCUGGACAUGGCUGGUGACCGUGGCGCCUACAUUGACCAAUCGCAGUCUCUGAACAUCCACAUGACGGAUGUGACCACUGCCAAGCUCUCCUCCAUGCACUUCCACGGCUGGCAGCUAGGCUUGAAGACUGGCCUGUACUACCUCCGCACGAAGGCAGCCGCAGAUGCUAUCAAGUUCACCGUGGAUGUCCAGAAGCUUUCCAAGACCGCCAGGUCUGACAAGUCAUUGGCCUCGGAUUCAGAUGCCUCCACGGCAGUGUCCGCGACGAAAGGCCUGGAGGCUUCUGCGAUCGAAGCUCUGAAGGCUGAAGGGCCAAAGUACAGCUGCGUGAACUGCAGCGCGUGA